GUUCUACUUGCUCAAGAUGGCUUUGCACUAUAUCAUCCUCUUCUUGAUGUUCCUUAAAGCUGUCACCUUCUUUGUUCAUUCACGAAAUGACAAUAUUGAAGAGGGUUCAGUCAUCUUGAGCCAGGAUACUAGAAACAGCUCACCUUCAGCCACUGCAAUGAAAAAUCCACCGCGAUACAACUACUCCAUUGAAGUCUUUGGCUGGUCCUUAGGCGUCUCUGUGGGUUGAAAUUGAUUGUAAGCAAUCAAAAUUAGCUGGAUGCCACUGUCUUCAAAUGUCGAAAAAUGUACAUCACCCAUCAACCUUCACAUGCAAACAAGCUGUAACCUGUAUAUCCCUCUUGAUCAGAAGCUGUGUGUUAUUAAAAGCAGCCCUGUUUACCUCAUAACUUCAUUGUCUCUAUUUUCUUUUGAUGUCAUUCUGUUAAUAUAUAUUUCUGUAUACCUCUCUAUUACCAAUGAGCAUUAAACAUAUUCAAAC